UGUAUUUUCCACCUCGCUGCCGCGUCCCAAAAUUCAGCCGAUAAGGAUAUGAAAUAUGAAUAAAGCUACGUAGCAAUAUUAUAGCAAAGUUACAAAUGUUCGAAUUUUAUAUCAAUGGCAGUAAUAUGAACGUGGACAGCAGUGACACGCCGGUGUAAGACACUCCAGAGAGGCCCUAUUCUACAUGAAUCAUCGCAUCGAGGACAGGUCAAGAUGCAAAAGCUGAACAAUGUAAAAGGGGAAAGGGAGCUUGGUGAUGGUGGACCCCCUUUUUGCUUUAGUUGUGAAAUGAUCUUUCCAGACCAAACCUCAUUUCAUGACCACUUUUGUCCUGCGGCUGGUUACAUCUGCUCCUGUGGAACAGAGUUCUCCAUGUAUGUUGAUAUGAUGGACCACAGCGGAUUACAUGAACCAGGCCACACUGUAAUUAAUUAUAGCACCAUAAAGAAGGAACCAUAUCAGAGGGAGAGAGAGUACAAGGAACAGCUUUCGAGGCUGGUAUUGACGGCGGGGCAGGGAAGCUGGGCUAAGCCUGGACCGACUCCGAUGGUAUCGGCCCCUAUGCCACGAGCCACAAAGCCUCCACCUGGUCAAAGUGCCCCAACAACGGACCUCUGGCACCAAUUCCAGCCAGUUGUGUUGGUGGAGACCCUGCGCAAGUUUGGAAGGACAAAGCCCUACAGGUGUGCCUACUGUGAACUGGGCUUUGCAACAAAAGACUUACUGGUAUGGCACCACAACACUCAUGCAAGAAAUAAAGUCCAUGGCUGCCUGCAGUGCGGGGUUCUCCUGCUCAGCAACAACAAGUCACCACAGCCUGGCCACCACCAGUGUGGCUCAUAUCGGGCAACUCCUGAAACCAGAUUUACCACUGCCACAGUGCUGAGUAACAGGAAACAGCCUGCGGGGAAGGCUAAGAAGGUUGUCCAGCGUCAGCACUGUCCUGACCCGUUCAAUGGGGAGCUGCAGCUAGGGAUGCAUAUGGUCUCACAGCAGCCCGUUCCAGGGACUUCUGGAACAAAAUACUUGAAGUGUAGAGUUUGUCAGGAGCCCUUCCAAACUGUCAAGCUGCUUGAGAGGCACCGUUGCACAAUGGCAGAGUCAUUUUUUGCGCAGGAACUGGGUCUGACGUCUGGCAAACAGCUCAAUGGUCACAGAAAAGGGGAGGGGGGGACCAACCCAUACUCCUUUCCUCGAAGGAAUGGUGACAAGGAGCUGGCGUUCAACAUUCAAACUUCAGCGAAUGUAACUGUAUACGACCACAAGGCAGUAGGCCCGGAUAGGGGCACCGGGUUGUCUGCCAUUUCUGUAAAAACUGAGGUUUCAGACGAUGACUGUUUUGUGAUUGAGGAUGCGUUUUCGUGCUAGUCGGAACUAGGAAACUCUGACAUUUCCGACUUGCUGACUGGUUGAACACGGCACAUGUAUAACAACCAGUUAGUAAAUUGGAAAUGUCCGUGUUUCCUAGUUCUGACUAGCACGUGAAUGCGGCAUAAAAGUUCCUUCACCAAACCAAGUCAGCUGUCAUACCAACAAUUAACCUCUUCCCUCCCAGUACUACAGACAUGAACAGUGCAAAAAGCAUUCCCAAUGUGAACCCUCUGCAUUUGCAACAGACAAACAUCUUCUAUGGGUUAUGGGCCCGUUUUGUAAGGUACCAGUUUAACUCUAAUCUAACUACUCAAUUUACAACUAAUCUGUCAGUAGCCUAGUUUUUUUUUUUUUGUGUGUUUGUCAAAUGAUAUUGAAAAUGUUACAUAUGCAGUAUCAAAUCAGUCUGUAUGGUUCAGAUAACCACAAACAUUGUAUGAAAGUUUGUCAUUUGAAAAUGCAGUAGUUUUUUUUUACAGUAGCUUUACUGAAAAUUUGGUAUAAGCCGCGUUGGCCAUAUCACAAGAACAUGUUGGUUCUUUUUAGCCAUUUCUGUGGUCUUGGAAUAAAAUAUUGUUUUGUUUCCGCUCUCUCCCUUUCCUUUGUAGCAACUAAGGUGUAAUAAUCUGUGUGUUUUUCGUAUUUCAGGGACCGAAGCAAUAGCUGCAGCCAUAAGUGAUAGCUGGAAAAGGCUAUACGGACAUUCCUGACCUGCAAAACAUUUUUUUUCUCCAGAGAUACUUAAAAUUGGGUUACGGUUAGAGGUAGGGUUAAGAUUUAGAUUUUGGUUAGUUGUUUUACAAGUCAGGGUCUGUUUUAUAGCCUCUGCCAAGAGAGCAUGAUGGAAAUGUAGAUCAUGUAUUCACUGAUUGCUUGGGAUAGCACUCAGACAUAGUUUGUCACUUGUGAAUGCACAUAACACACAAAAAUAGGUGUUGUCUUCAGAAUAUUUUUUCUAUCUCCUGAUAAUUUUAUACGCACUGCACUAAGUUUUUUGGGAAACUUUUAUUCUUUUACACCGGUUGUCCACCUUUGAUGAGGUAGGCAGGCACCGCGACGCCAUUUCCGGCCUACCGGAUGUUGAGUGAGGAGAAAAAACAAUUGAAUCACGAAUACAAUAAGCUAACAUUUAAAAUUAUGGCAGACACCACUGUAUCUGAACGUUGGCGAAAACAUAAAUGUUAUGUGCAAUGCAUUAUUUAUAAAUAUUGAUAUUUGUCGGGUUUGGACUACACGGUAUGUUGACAUUAGCUAGCCAGUAGCUUUCAUCAUGUCGACAGCUAUCUAACUGGUGGUUCGAGGACAAGUUUGCACUAACACAUUUUUGGAUCAUCUGGAUGUCAGACAGCCUCUAUGGGUUGUGGUGCCUACAACCUAUCAAUUUGAUUCAAGGCAUGGAAGACACAAGUUGGAACAUUCAAACCCAACAGAACAACACUACAUCAGUGUUUACCUGGAGACGGUAGUGGGGGUUCCCUGGCUAGAUUGUGGUGGAAGAGGAGACGCGUGGUUUGAACAAAAGCUGGAUGAUCGUUUUUUGCCUGGGCUGCUAUUGGAGGAUCUACGUUGAACAUUUACAUUUUCCUCAUCAGUCCUGCCAGAGAGCCUGCCUAAAAGUAAAGACAAGCAAGAGACUGACUGACAUGGGAAGUACAAUUUCCUUCAGUAGAGGAGUCAAUGAUGAGGAAACAGUCAGCCUUAUCUGCUGCCCAUAGCAACCUUCCUGAACCUUUGUCUGCCCUGACUAACGAGAAACCGGUAACUGCUGAUACUGCCAUCUGAAGAGAAGAUCAGCAAGGAGGUAGACAACUGCCAUAACAUGCCACCUAUGAAGGAGCCCUUACAAAGACCCCAACUACAGAGAGAAAGUAGAAGCCAGCAGAACAAAGUGGUAGCUGAACCCUCUGACACACGGUCACUACCAGGUACCCCUGUUUUGGCUGUCCUUCCUAAUCCCGGAGAGGUAAACUCUGGUGGCAUUAAUCACAGAAGAAAGAGCACAAAGAUGCAGGCAAACAUGGAGAAAAUGCAUGUUAAUUCACAUGCUACUGGUCAUGCUAAAACUCAAUGUGAAAGUGCCAAUCCUGAAGUGCAUUUAUCACUUACUGGGAGUGAGCAAACAUUGAACUGUAUCACAAAAGAGCUGGUGGGUGUAACAAGGCCAGCAGCGGUAGACGUUGUUAGGAAACGUGGUCGCCCUCACAAGAAGGCAAAGAUGCGGCAUACUGUGCUACAAACAGAGGAGAGUUCUUCUCAUCUGAGCACUGCAGAAUCAAAGGAUUGGAGUGAAACAAUGUCUGACAGAGCGAAUGACAUUUCUUUUACUACAAACUGUGUAGAAAACAGGGAUGACACGUCUCUCAGAGCUAUUGAAACAAAAGCAAUACCUCUAAACCGUGAACCAAGCAAUACAGCGGUGUCUGUUCUUGACUCGUCCCCCCAAAACCAUCAACCAGCUGAAUCCAGCCCUGUGGCUAUCUCACCCUUGGAACCAAAAAGGAAAAGGGGACGACCAAAGGGGUCGACUAAGAAACAACCAGGAAAAACCAUGAACACUAUUUCAGUGCAACAAUCCCAUGUAACAGAAGAAAAAAUGGCAAUUAAAAAGGAACCUGAUGAGAUGCUAUUUGAAGAGGAAAAGAGAGGAAACAUUGGUCCUCAGCCUGAGGAAGCUCCUGUUGAGCCUAAACACAGAGUAGGACGYCCACCAAAGAAAACAACACUCGUGAGGCAGUUUGCAUUAGCACAGAGAAAAUCACAGAGAAAAUCAUGUUCUAUUACAUCUGUGAAUUCCCAGGAUAUUCCACCACAACAUCAGAAGAUUGAGACUGAGCGUUCACUAGAUUAUAUUGCAAGGCAUGUGUCUGUGUCACUUAGUCGCGUUGAUUCUCAGAGAGGUGGGACUGCUGACAUGAUCUCUAAUGUGAAGUGUGAGGAUAUUGAAAUAGAGCUGGGGGAUUUUAAUUCCCUGGCACAGUCAAAUUGUCUCAUGUCUUUUCAAUGCCACACUGACACCAGUGUGAAGGUUGAGCCCUGUAAUACUAGUUGUGAUGGCACUGAGUUCAAAAAGCCACUCAAAGUCGACAAACGCAGAGAAACUGCUGGCACUGCUCCCAGAAAGCGAUCCCGGUUUGUUUUUGGAAAAACUAAAUACAAAAAAGGYAAGAGGAAAAGGUGCAUUGAUGKUAGAGGUAGACUCCAAKGUGUGACCUCACYGGGAGAUCCAGACACCAUGUCAAYGCAGGCCGAUGAAGGCAAUGGUGAUGUUGGAYAGGAGAUGGACUGUGGCGAGUUAGCUUGGGAGUAUGAGGGRAACACAAAUGACAGCUUUUCAAAUGGAAGUAAGUCAACAGAUGAAGGAUUUAAAGAUUUGCCUGAGAGUCACCAAAAUCCUAUCAUCACUGAUGUAAACAUAUUAGAAACUAUGUCGCAUGAGUCCUUUUUAAAAUCAAAUGUCGUACAAGGUGAAGUAUUCACAAGGGAAAAAAUCAAGGAAGAGAGAGAUGGUGUAGGUGAUGAAACUGAAUAUAACCCAACAAGCAGUUGUGGCCUGAAGGCUAGGGGGAGACCAAAAGGGAGACCAAAAGGGAGACCAAAAGGCACAGGGAAAACAUGUGAGUACUGCGGUCGCCAUUUUGAUUUUGUGUCUGUAUAUACCGUCCAUCUACGCACUCAUACAGGCGAAAGGCCUUUUAAGUGCAUUGAUUGUGACCAAGACUUUGCCCAGCUAUCUAACUUAAAAAGUCAUAUCAAGAAACAUAACAAGCGCUGUCGGCCUCUGAAGUGUCCUUAUUGCAAAAUGAAGUUCAGUAACUCAAAGGAAUUGCUUGCUCAUUGCAAGUGGCACUCGCAGAACCCGAACCAGGACUCUGAGUCUGGGAGUAAAACGAAGGAUAACAGAAAUGAGGCCAUUCAUACACCCCUUGUUUCUCUGAAAGAACGGAGAAAAAGGGGUAAGGGGGGGAUACUCAAAUGCCACAUUUGUGGGAAAGUAUUUCCCUUUUGGUCUGGUCUGCAGGUUCAUAUACGUAUGCACACUGGGGAAAAACCAUAUAUCUGUAAAGUAUGUGGGAAAGCCUUUAGUAAUCGCUCAUCAAUUCGUAUUCAUGAGGUGACCCACUGGUCCAUUAAGCCUUACAACUGCACACGGUGUGGGAAGAGUUUCACUCAGUUGUCGUCUGCAAAAAAACAUCCCUGCAAGGGUCUGAGGGAGAGUAAUGACAGAGAUGGCCGGAAAAAGCCUUUCAUAUCUUUUACAUGCCACAUCUGCGAAGAGAGAUUUGUUCAGAGGCGUCAGUACAAAACCCACCUGAAAACCCAUGCUGGUGUGAAGCUCUUUCGCUGUUUAUUCUGUGACCAGCUGUUUAGUGUGAUGUCAGAAUUUGAAGAGCACCACCAAUAUUGCACCAAAGUUAGGGGGGAGAAGAUGACAUCUGAAUUUAGGAUUUGGAAACCUAGAGCCCCUAAUCAGCAAAGAUCGCAGCAAUCAAGUGUCAAGAGUCAUUCACCAAUCAAGAGUCAUUCACCAGUCACCCAAUUAGUAUUUCCUGCAGCUGCUGAUAGUCAACCAUUUCAGAACCCUGGACAGAGUUCAGCUUCCUCUGUCUCAUUGCUGAACUGUGAACCUACCCCACAGCAAAAAUCAAGUGGUCAUCAGUCUUCACAAACACAUGCCAAUAAAGCUAUUGCUACAACUCUGCGCCCCUUCCAAACAUGCAUUAUACCCACAAAUAAUCUCACCCCCCUUGUAUCAAAGUUGAAUAGUCUAGAUCGUAAAUCUGACCCGAGGAAGUACUUAUGCCCACGUUGUGGAAGACUUUUCAGACACACAGGGAGACUCCGAGCCCACAUGCUAACUCAUGCCCACAGUCAGAGCUACACCUGUGACUGCUGUGGAAAGACCCUMGAAAGCUGGAAAAAGCUUUGGCUUCACCAGCGAYUCCACAGACAGAAACUAGGACGGUUCUCAUGUCCAAAGUGUCGCCAAGGUUUCCGCUUCGUUGGGCCCUACAAGCAGCACAUGCUGCGAGAACACCCGGAGUACCAGUGGAUCGAUGAGAGACCAAACAAAACCCUCCAAGGACUUGACCAGCAGCAGUGCCUGCCUUAUCAAUGUGAGGAGUGUAACACCAGCUUCAGGACACUAGAUUUGCUUUUCAAUCAUCAGCUUUGCCAUUCCUCACCAGGUGACCACAGUAUGUGGAUACAGGACGACUGCUAUGAUUACUCUCCCUCGACACAUGAACAUGAUGUACCUUACAACAUGAAUGGAUUUGACCCUCACAUGAACAGUGGCGUAACACACUCCCAUCAGGAACUCCACCAUACCUACUACCCUUCUCCGCCUCUUCAAGCAAACCACCCACGAGGUUCACAUCUCCUUCAUUACUUUUCCAACCAUUCAGACCUACUACAUUCACUGUCACCCCUUAUACCUGUGCCUCCCCCAAUGCAACACCCAGGUUUCCAACCAGGCCUCCGGUCAUAUGACUCCACCCAGCCGCUCACAAGCCCUAUAUCGCCACUGUACUCACAGGUAGAGACCAUUCCAUACCCUGACAGAAAUGAUGGGAAUGUAAACAGGAAGCGGAGUAGAAUUUAUGGGAAUGCGACUAAACGUGCUGCUAGAUCCAAGGAGGACAAGGCGACAAUGGGGGGUUUGGAUUGUGCGGAGUGUGGUGUUCAGUUUCCUGCUGUCUCACAACUCUAUGAGCAUUAUUUGCAGCAUGCCAGGGGAGAGGUGUAAGAAGUGAAAAUGAGGAACCUUUUUCUAUCACAAAGGCACGUUAUCCCCCCAUCUCUUUCUCAGAGGUUUACCUCUAUCAGUUUAGAAAUGACUCGUACGUCAACCAACAAAAGUGGCAUUUUUAACACAUAAGAAGUUGUUGUAUUGAUGUGUUUGAGUGAAUAUUCUGUUGAAUGGAGAUGUUACUCUGGUUGCUUGUUGGACAUGAAGGAAGCUGAUUACUUUUGGUUGUUAUUUGAAUUACUUACACUAUGAUCAAUUUUAAAUUGACAGUAUUUUAUUGUCCCUUAAUCUGAAAAGAUGGUCAGUGCUUUUAUACACUUCAGUAAUUUUAGCAGGUUUUGAGACGAGGACAGAUCAUGGCCUGCAAUCUAUUUUUCAAUGGUAGUUUGAGUGUAAAUUGCAAUGCUUGAUCAUGGAACAUUGUCAUACCUCCUAAUGUCAUUGUUAACCUCUUCCUGUCAGACUCUGAUUCUCAACUGAUGAUUUAUGUCAUUUAGUCUACCAAUACAAGUAAUUAACAUCUAUUUUAAUUCUGUCCAUUUAUUUAAAAGAAAAUUAUAAACCUCAUGUUUUGCAUGUUAGUCAUUUAUUCUGUGGUUGUGUUAAUUUGUAACUUAUGCAAAAAAUUAUAUUUUCACUGCCAGUACUCUAGUAGUUUUACCUAAUAGGCCUACAUUCCCUCAUGUUUACAGAAAGUUAUUUUGUUGAGAAAAGCAGUUCCUGUUCUGUUGCUGAUGAACUGACAGCUGUUUACAUACUGUAUAUUUUACUUUCUAGUUUCACUCAGUUAUUAAUGUCAGACAAAAAUAAAAGCCACCUUUCUAAU